GGGAGCUCGAGCACACUUUCUUACAGUAACCUUUUAGAAAUGACAGAACUCUACAGAGCUCACCAUGGUUACGAGGCGCAAAGAGAAGACGAACUUUCCUUCACUGAAGGCGAGGAAGUUAGAAUUACCAACAGUGACGACGCCGAAUGGUGGGAAGUCGAAAAAGUAGACGGCGGAAGCAAAGGAUGGGUUCCCAGUAACUUCUUUACAAAGGCGGAUACGGCGCUUAAUCCCGAGCAAGGCAAAAAUAACACCGGGUCAUCUACCGUUUUAGCUUCCGUUUUGGAGGAUUAUGAAGCUGCAAGUCACGAAGAACUGUCGCUUUGGAAGGGUGGUAUAGUCUCGGUUGACGACCAGUCUGACGAUGAGUGGUGGCAUGGGGACUUGAACGGAAAGAAGGGCCUGUUCCCGAAAAGGAACGUAAAGGUGAUUGAAUCCAAGAAUGAAGAGGAGACUGCAUCAGAAGGAGAAUCUGAACAAGCAGCUACCAGUAAACCGAAAAACGCAUUCAGGUUGGCUGCUUACGGCGUUAAACAAGGCGGUAUUGGAGCUGUGAUGGCCGGAGGAUUUCCCUUGCUGAAGAAAACAGGCAAACGGCCUGAUUCUGCUACUGAGCAGCAACCUCCGCCACUGACUAGAGGCCAGUCAAUAAGUCGGCCACCGUCCACCACUAAGCCAGAUGUUGCUCUGCCACAUCCCCCAACAAAAAAGCCAGCCACACCCACCAGUACGCCAAGUACGCCAAAUACCACAAGCAGCGUUCCCGAAGAAGCUGGCGAUGCUGUCGCUCAGCCAAAAAAAGCUAUCGUAAUUAAUAGCUAUUCCGCUACAGGAGAUGAUGAAAUAUCUCUGAUAGCGGGAGAAUAUGUUAGCAUUUUGGACAGAAAUGUCGAUGCAGGCUGGUGGAGAGGUGCAAACGAACGCGAUGAAACUGGAUUGUUCCCUACCAAUUUCGUCAAAGAAAUUGAUGAAGAGCCACCGUUGCGACCAAGAAGAGCUCGACCCCCAACCGUGAAAACAACCGAUAGUCCUCCCUCUGAACCGCUAGCGUCGCCUUCGCUUGCCAGACCACCACCUGUUCCAGGAUCUCGCCCUCAAUCUCUCUUCUCAAAUAGGCAGUCUGUGGGCCAAGACACACUACCCACUGUUGGAAGUCCACAGUCUCCUGUAAAGCCUGUUCUUCCAUCCGUACCCCCGCCUCGAAGACCUGUGUCCACUCCAGAUACUUCGCGCUCACCGACCAAACCCAGGCCGGUAUCAAUGAGCAUGCGAUCCCCUGACCUUCCUCCUCCAUCGCCGCAGCAUGACAGGUCGUCUUUUAUGCAUCCUAGUCGCCCAUCGCGACCAGUACCCACGCCAAGGAUGGAUUCCAGUGAAACGAGAGCGGAUGCGCUUGCCAAACCACCGCUGCAAAGAAGCCCUUCAAAGAUUGAGCCGCUACAGCGUACACCCUCUGAAAUUGAAGUCGCACCAUUACCGCCUUCGCGCGCUGGACGUGCAUCUAUGCCACCUCUCGCUCGCCCCCCUGUCCCACCAGUUCCAACGAAUGGUGAUGGUCCAGUGAAAGGCUUGGGAAUCAAACCUCGGUCGAUGACCGCUCAUCAGGAUCAAGAACAACAAGAUGUUUCUGUUAUUUUCCCAGCUGGGAAACCCUCACCUCCAGUUGAUGACGGUGUCAACGAUAAAAUCCACCAGCUUAUAGAAGAUGCAGUAUCCGGUAUCAGAGUCGAGUUUAUGGAGGCUCUAGAGCAGGAGAGAUCAGAAGUGCUACGCUUGCGUGCCGAGCUGGAGGACCUACGUAAACGACUGGACGUUUGAAGCAUGUCCACUAAACAACUAUUUCCCCCAAUUUUGACCCUUCUGUAUCAAUAUGUUCUUUUCACAUUCCUUCUAAUCUCGCAUAAUGCGACUUUCAACGAACGAACUAACUUCUUCAUCCCAGAAAAAGAGCCUGUUAGCAUAUAUAAAUAAAUAAUUACGUGUAUUUCUGUAGUGUCCAUUGAUGG